AUGUCUCCAUCCAGAGGAUCCUCAGAGACCGGUUUAUCUUCUUCCUCAGAAGCAGCCACAGAACAACGCGCAAAUAUAAGGUCCAGCUCAGCCCUCCACUCCGCAAAGCAAAACAUCCACUUCCUCUUCGCGCCCAACUCUCCCAAUUCUCCCCGUCCGGCACAUCUCCGCACCCGUGCUCUCCUCCGCUCUUUACGAUAUAUAGGAAUCUUUAUUUUCUGGCGGGUUGUACGGUAUGCGAAGUAUGCGCUGGUAGGAAGUAUCGUUGCGGCGGUGGGCGCCACGGCGUUUGGAGGAGUGGUGAGUGGUGUGGGGUGGGUACUGGCGCCGACGGGGAUCCUGGGAACGGUGGCUGUGGGGACUGGGUGGGCGGUGGGGAGGUGGGGGUUUAGGAAGAUGGGGGUUGGGGAAAGUAUGGAGGAGGGCGCUGUAAGGGAGAGGAGUGUUGCCGGGGAGCGAGUGAAAGUUGAUGGCCAGUGGAGAGAUGUGCAGGGGCCGAGAGCAACCCCUUGGUGA